GCAAGGCUGCGCAGGCUCCUCCCUCUGACACUCAGCCGGUGGGCGCGGCUAUCUCGGCCAAGAUGGCUUCCUCCAGGAGCAGCACAGGUGAAAACUCUCUGCUCUUCCUCCUGUUCAGCAUUGCCUCUGUGCACCUGAUCGCGUGCCCGUUCACUAAGGUGGAGGAAAGUUUCAACCUGCAGGCUACCCACGAUCUCCUGUAUCACCGGUUGGAUUUGGACAAGUAUGACCAUCAUGAGUUCCCUGGGGUUGUCCCCAGAUCUUUUCUGGGCCCCUUGUUAAUUGCUUUUCUAUCUGCCCCUGCAGUGUAUGUAUUGGAAUUACUGGAGUGCUCAAAGUUUUACUCUCAGUUGAUCGUGAGAGGAACAUUAGGUGUGACUGUCAUUUUUUCACUAUGGAUGUUACAAAAAGAAGUCCGCAAGCAAUUUGGAGCUUCAACAGCAAACUUUUUCUGCUGGAUAACCGCCUCUCAAUUCCAUUUCAUGUUUUAUUGCACGCGGACCCUUCCAAAUGUAUUUGCUCUUCCAAUUGUUCUUUUGGCUGUUACAUCAUGGAUAAAGUACAAACCCGGCCCAUUUAUAUGGCUGUCUGCAUUGGCCAUCCUUGUGUUUAGAUCUGAGCUGUCUCUCUUCUUGGGACUAAUGCUGCUGAUAACACUUGCAAGAAAGCGGAAAUCUUUCUUGAGAAUCCUCUGCCAUGCAGUCCCAGCUGGACUUGUUUGGUUAGGAUUAACUGUAGCCGUGGAUUCCUUUUUUUGGAAGCGUCUGGUUUGGCCGGAAGGAGAAGUACUUUGGUAUAACACUAUUUUGAAUAAAAGCGCCAACUGGGGUACCUCACCUUUUCUUUGGUAUUUUUAUUCAGCGCUGCCACGUUCUCUGGCAUUUAGUGUUCUUUUUUUAGCGUUUGGGCUGAUUGAUAAAAGGGCACAUCUGCUGAUCGCACCAACUGUGGGUUUCAUAUUCUUAUAUUCUUUCCUUCCUCACAAAGAGCUACGCUUUAUCAUUUACACAUUUCCUGUUUUAAACAUAGUGGCUGCUAAAGGAUGUUCAUAUGUACUAAAGAAUUCGCGCAAGUCCUGGUUGUAUAAAAUUUGGUCUUUCGUUGCAAUAGCACAUCUUGUAGGAAAUGCAGCCUACUCUGGGGCAUCACUCUACGUGUCCCAUUUCAACUACCCUGGAGGGGUAGCCAUGCAGACAUUGCAUAACAGAGUGCUUCAUUUAACAGGUGUGUCUGUACAUAUAGAUGUGGCUGCAGCCCAAACAGGAGUUUCCAGGUUUUUAGAAAUCCACCCACAUUGGCGAUAUGAUAAGAGAGAAGAUAUUACCCCAGAGGAUACCGCUAUGCUUUCAUACACACACAUUAUCAUGGAGAUGGACACCACUCACUUAUCUAACUUUAAGAAUACUCACAAAAUACUGGCCAACAUAACCGGCCUUGGUGGAACUGCAUUUAACAUCCAUUCUUAUCCUCCUGUGCAGCUAAAGUUUCUAACAAAAUUAGUAAUUUUAGAGAAGCUUCCACCAUUUUGAUAGGUUGUUUUGUUUGUUUUCUUACAGAGAUU